AUGGCGACAGUGGUGCCUCCUCCGAGUAAGAGGCAAAAGAUUGCCGCUGCCGAAAAGGCAGAAAAGGCUCUGGAGGAUGCCAGGAUACCAGAGGACUUGGGCAGUGUCAGGGUCCAGUUUGUCGACCAGAGUACUGGGAAGUCGACGGGUCCGGUUGUUGCAGUGCCUGUCAAGGAUGCAACUGUCAGGAAUCUCGAGACACUAUUAAACACUAUCCAAGGAAAUGAACCUGGAGAACGCCUCCCAUACCGAUUCUUCUUCCGCAACGACCGGUCGACAACGUCUGAAUCCGAACUGCUCGAUGUACAAACCGAUCUAUACAACUCUGUCCUGAAACCAGGAUUUAAAAGUACCGAGGAUAAUAUCGUCCUCCAAUUCAUCCCGCAGGCUGUCUUUCGCGUACGUGCCCCCUCGAGAUGUUCCGCGUCGAUAUCUGGUCAUGGAGAGGCGAUCCUUGCAACAGCCUUUUCACCGGAAGGUUCCUCUAGGAUGGCCACCGGCAGUGGAGACAACACUGCGCGAAUAUGGGACUGUGACACUGGAACACCAUUGCACACGCUAAAAGGACAUACGAGUUGGGUACUCGUGGUUUCUUGGUCCCCUGACGGCCGCAUCCUUGCAAGCGGGAGUAUGGAUAACACUAUAAGACUAUGGGAUCCAAAGUCUGGCGAAGCCUUAGGCGGUCCACUCAAAGGCCACAACAAAUGGGUCACCAGUCUGGCCUGGGAGCCCUAUCACACUCAGACACCUGGAAAGCCUCGAUUGGCAUCAGCCUCCAAGGACGGGACCGUCAGGAUAUGGGAUGUUGUACUACGCCGUAUCGAGCAGAGUCUCUCGGGCCACAAGAGUUCAGUCACUUGCGUACGAUGGGGUGGCCUCAAUCGGAUCUUCACUUCGUCACAGGACAAGACGAUCAAGAUCUGGAACACAAAGACAUGGAACUGUCUUCACACUCUCUCGUCGCAUACGCAUUGGGUCAACCAUUUGGCCCUGUCUACAGACUUUGUGCUGCGCACCGCUUACCAUGACCACACGGGGAAGGUUCCGGAAACAGUGGAGGAGAAAAUCAAAAAGGCGAAAUCCAGAUUCGAGGAGGCUGCCAGGCAAGAAGGCCGGCUGGUGGAAAAGAUGAUAUCGGCAUCAGACGACAACACCAUAUUCCUCUGGGAUCCCUCGGCCAUCCCUGGCGACUCCAAUGCCACGGUCAAGCCAAUCGCGCGACUGCUCGGCCAUCAGAAACAAGUCUUGCAUGUCUCGUUUUCUCCGGACGGUCUUUACAUCGCCUCCGCAUCCUUCGACAACAGCGUCAAGCUUUGGAACGCCCGAGAUGGCAAGUUCAUUGCCACUUUACGGGGUCAUGUUGGUGCUGUAUACAUGGUUGCGUGGUCCAGCGACUCCCGACUCCUGGCCAGUGCUUCGAAAGACACAACAGUCAAAGUUUGGGAUGUGAAGACGGGAAAACUGAAGGAGGAUCUGCCAGGCCACAAGGACGAAGUCUUUGCCUUGGACUGGAGUCAAGAUGGGAAGUGUGUCGCCAGCGGUGGCAAGGAUAAACAGGUGAAGCUCUGGAAGCAUUGA